AUGACUUUCUCAUUGACUCGUUCGCACACUUCCGCCCCGGAGCCGGUGACAACGUACCACCAGCCCGCUACCGGCAUGCCCGCGCGGGUUAGUCAGGCCAGCACCCUCCAGCUAUCCGGCGCGGGCAUCGGCACAGAACAUUUAUGGUAUCAGAUGAUUUCGCUGCACCAAAAGUACCGCUGCUAUCACUCGGCGCGCAUGGAUGCGGCGGUCGAGGCGUGGAAUCAUGGCCAGUGGACCAAGACGCCUUCGAGAUCUUGCCUAGAUCUUUUAAACGAGUGCGUGGGGCCGCUUCCGGAGGACGCUAUGAGGGACUGGGUUGCGUGGAGGAACUUGGACAUGGCACGUACAUCGUUGCUCCCGCAAGGGGCUAGGAAAUGA